ACCAUGGAGACGACGCUGCUUCAGGGGAAUUACCGUGUGUGAAACUAAAAUUAACGGAUUAAUAUUUUUGAAAUGAAAGAAAAUCGUCGUUGCAGAACGUCAAAUAUUGGAUUAUCUAUAACGCAAUGAUUGUGAAGAGGCUACAUACCUAGCGAAUUACGUGCUGAAGGGGUGUAAUUUCAUGAUCAAUCGACUGUUAUUUUCAAACGCGUCUUUCCAGAAUCAGGCAUGGGUAUCGUCAAGUGAUGCGGCGCCUGUACCGCAGCGGUGGAGUCUGGCAAGUUACGUUGGGAUUUUUCGGAGCCGUUCAAGAUCCAGAUCCAGCCGCUUGAAGAAUAAAUCAAACGUUUACUCUGCAGAAUAUAUCUCCGUUAUCAUAAGAAUUUUUCAACGAUUUCUAAUUUAAUGUGCUAAAAAAGUAAGAGAGCUCAGAUACACUUCUGCUACAUCCUCAAAAAUAUUUCCUCUCCAAGCAAAGAUGAUGAUGGAUAGUAGUGUCAGGAUAGAUGAAACGUCAUGCGGACAGGUUGUCUGUCAGCAUCCGUCCUGCUGGUACUCCAAUCGACGGAGAGAGAGGGGGCUUCCUAAGACCCAAUAUGUUGAACAUGAAGAACAAGGGACUACCUCCGAUGAGGAACUUCCAACCCUCAAGGUGCUGAAUAUGCUUGGAGAUUAUGGUUAUGACUCCGGUGAUCGUUACCCCACCGGGCGACCGUUGCCAAGGAGGAGACUGCCCCAAGCCAGGGGUGUGGAUGAUGAUGCAGAGAGAAGUCAUUCAGCUCCAGUUAUCCGCCAACUGAUAGAUCAACCUCAACGGAAUGUGCCUAGCUCUCUACCAAAGUAUACCUGUAUGCCCAUGACCCCCCAACAAACACCCGUCAACCAAACACCCACCCAAUCCCAAGGCACACCCCAGAAGGCCAAAUCUCCAGCCAAGCAACGCCCCACCAACAAAUCGGCUCCAGCUCGCACAGCUCCACUCAACUUCCUAGAGUUUGUGAAUGGGGUCAAGAAGGUCGACAUGAGAGAUUCUCUCGGGGUCGGUGGGCUCAAACACCAAGGGGUAAUACCACAGAAUCGCAAGGUCUAUGUAUGGUGCCCUGCAACGGCUGGACUCCGGGAGAAAACAGAUGCCUCACAGGGCAGGCCUGAAGAUGGUGCUACAAAAAUAAAGGUCCAUCCUAAAGAUGUGACUGAAGAUAUGAUCCCAAAGAAUCUUAACACAAAUCAGAACAAGAACCAGAAGAUGAGGAAGAAUUUCACGACGCCUACAGGAGGGAGACCUUACACCCAUCCAGCCAGGUCACCCCCUCCCAAUACCAGACGUACCUUACCUCAAGACUUUGAUGAAGGAAUUGCACAGUUACUUCAGUUACCAAGAGAAGUGCUACUUGAACUGGUGGAGCACACCAAAGAGAGUGAUCUCUUUGACAAGAACAAGGUCGCUAUGCUCCUGGAGAAACUCAUGCCUCACAUCCACUUUGAGAAGAACGAUGUUACGCAACAGCAUCCCCCGAUCCUCUCACCUGUCAACACCCAAGUACCCUCCCAAACUGCCGCCCCAUCAGCACCACUGCACUCUAGUGGAAUACUCCGGCAGAAGAAGGUGACGCUAUUGGACUGCCGCGAAAAGAGGAUGGAUCCAAUAAGGGCACCGCCCCCUACGAGGAGCAUGCCGUUCUUCCUCGAUGAGAGCGGGAUGUCUGGGAUCACGUCUUCAUCCUACACGAGGCGGGAAAGGCCAGAUCAUCAUACGGAAGACGAUCGGGAGACGACGUUGAUUUCCCCAACUAUAGCUUCGGAGGAAGUGACCAAGAGGAAAGCACAUCGGCCAAUUAGAGGGGGACCGACUGAGAUGUCAAACUACUCUCGACGCAAGGUGACCUCCGUCUCCGCCAAGACCUUACCCCCUCUACUGCCAGGGGUCAGAUCCAUACGACCUUUCAACUACACCGAUCAGUCCUUUGAUCUUGCUCUCAGUCCUUUGAGCACGCUGGAAUACGAGCCUUCUGAGAAAUCCUCCAGCCCCUUCUCCGGCAAAGCAUCCACUGUGUUUGCUACCGUCCCCAGUCACUUCUCUGGUCGCACCCCUCCCCAGACCCCCUGCUCGGCGUGCGAGCGCACCCCCAUCCCUCCCAUACCGAGGAUGGGGUCGGCGCACUAUUCAACCAUCUCCACCGUACCAAGCGAUGACUUUCCGGAGUUGCAUUGGGUUGAUUUUGAGAAUGCAAUUCACGGGGGUGCCCCAAGCCAUGUCUUCCAUGUCCCUUAUGCUACUUCGGAUGAGGUGAAACAAGAAAGUCAUCAUGAUGCCCCACCACCUGGUGCUACAAGGGUCCUAGAACAGAUGGAUGUAGUCAACCUGCCCCCUGGUAGCUCUAUUGCCCCUUCCUCUGUGGAACCAGGAACUCCUGCAGAAGACGACGAGGCCGAGCAACGCAACGUCCGUCAGGAUCGACCUGUGGGAACUGCAAGUACGGGCACCAGAGGUACCUACUCCGUCCAAAGCCCUGCCAAACCACCAGAAUCAAGUACACCGUACGAUGCUGCCACCAGUGUAAUGGCUCAGGCAUCAGAGAAAGCUGCAGGAUCACCACUGGCUCUGUAUACCCCGUUGCCAGCGGCACAGACCCCAGAGGUGUGGCCUGUGGUGGAUGAGAGGGAAUACAUGAAUUCACCAGAAAGGAACAAUGAACGGUUGUCCACCAAGCAGAUCGAUAUGAUCCUUGCCCCAGUAGCGCCUCCUCCUUCCCCAGAACCAGCUGGCAUGGAUGUUGACUAUGACAUCCAGGAGAUGAGCAGUAAGAGCACGGCGACGCCCUCUCUCACACCCCUAGCAGAAGAAGAGGAGGAGGAGGAGGAGGAGGAGGAAGAAGAAGAAGAAGUCAGUGUGGCUCCUGAAGUGAUGGCCUUGCAUCAUCAGCCUGACCAAGGCCUUGAUGCACUAAUGGGGGAUAAUGCAGAAGAAAAGGGUGGUAGCACAGGGACGAGGGGGACCGAAGCUGAGAGGACAGGGACCAGUUCAGGGGGAUACCUCGGAGACGACGAAGGUGCUGAGAACAGUACUCCAGGAGAAAAUGGAGCGGGUCAAACGAAUCAAGGAACUAUCAAUGAGUCUGUCCCAGGUGAUCAAGCGCCUCAAAGCCUAAAUCUAGAGACGGAAGGGCUGGAUACUAUUGAUUCCACAGCUGGAAAAAACACUUUAGCAUCUCUUGCUGAGGAUGAAGAGACGGAAGGGCUGGAAACUAUUGAUUCCACAGUUGGAAAAAACACUUUGGCACCUCUUACUGAGGAUGAAGAGACAGAAGGACUGGAAACCGUUGAUUCCUCAUUUCGUAAAGACACUUUAGCAUCUCUUACUGAGGAUGUUGAAGAGGAUGUCCCAGUUGCUUCUGAUGGUAACCAAGUAGAACAACCUGAUUUGGAAAGCACAGAACAAAACAACGAAGUCACAUAGUCAACAGAACAAGCCAGAUAAGAUCAAACCACCCUUAGUUGAAUAAGAUGGAACUGAUCAAACUACAAGAUCGACUUUAAAUAAACAGUUUAUCAAAUAUUUGAACAGGAUAAUAUUUGUAAUUGUAUUGCAUAAUUUUGCGUCGAUAUGUGGUUAAUUCAUUCGAAAACUUCAGUAUGAACUUCUACCGUCCUUGAUAUGCUACUACAUUUGCCAGUAUAUUAAUAUUUUAAGUUUGUUUUAUCCCUGUACUUUAUCAUUAUUUACCAUUUUCAGUUGAUGUUUUUGUAUUAAAUAUGAGAAUUCAAUAUACUGUAUAUAUAAAUAUAUAAACACAGGAGAUCAUUAAGAAAAGAAGACACAUCGAUGUAAUGAUCGAAGUAAACAAUGUAUAUGAAAUAGUAAUCCUAUAUUAGAAAGAAAAUGUGCAGCUGUAUUGAAAUAAAAGAGUAUAAUAUAUGACUUGUCACAAAAGUGAACAGUGAGCAUGGAUAUGGCAAUAGGUUUACCUCAUGGCCAAAUUUUAGAGAAUUUUUUCAUUCUUUAUCAUUAAUCAACCUCAUAAAUUCCAUUAAUGUAAAAAGGGUUGAAACUUUUAAAUUUGUUAUCGUUGAAUGGUUGAGAUCAUUAGGGAUCAGUUCUAUGACUGUUAUACCGGUGAAAAUUCAAAAUGGGUCAACACCUUUUAGAUGCGUCAUAGACCUUAUGUCCUACAUUUAUAUCAUAAUCAAACAUAGAUUGGUGAACUAGAAAAUAUACGAUACUAACUUUCGUAUUGAGUGCAUAUCGAUCCCAAGUGGUGCUCAAAGACACUUUUAUUACCCUGGCUUUAGCCCAGUUCUCCUAAGGUGCUAAAAGCAUCCAAAUAAUGAAUUCCUACCAGGUACCCAUUCACUACACCUGGGUGGAGAAUGGCAAAUGUAGAUUAAUGUCUUGCCAAAGGACUUUAAUGCAGCAGGUCUUGAACUGUGAACCAUAUGAUCUAGGGUCCAGUGGCGUGUCUACCAGUCAACGACACCUGUCAUAUAUAUGUUGUAAUAUACAGAAUGUAUUGAAGAUAUAAGUUGGUCAUAUUUUUCCCUUUUGUUUUGGUGCAGUGAAUUUCAGUGAUUUACAGAAUUAUACAGAGUAAAAUUCCUUCCAUUUUCUGACUGAGUAAAGAUAUGCCUUGUAUUAGUAAAAACCGUCCAAUUUAUUUUCUAUUGAGGCUGUCUGUAUAUCAGUUGAUAUAUGUCUGAAUGAGUCAAAUGGCUUCCAUUUGUAUUAAUAUCCGUCCAAUCUAUUACAUGCAAACUCUUGUAACAAAUUUACACUGCUUUUUAUAUUUAUGAUAUUGUCCAUAUUUAAUUUGUUGGGGGUAUAGUUAUAUAUUUAUAUGUUUAAUAAUAGGUAGAUUAACUAAUAGUGAUUGUAUUCAUUGUACAUGUAUUUAAAAUGGAUCUAUAAUAUGCCUGAAGUAUCAUUCUUGAAAAUCAUGAAGAAGACAAAUAUUCUAUGCAAUUGAAUCUUGAGCUAGGAGUAGAAUUCCCCACUUAAAAUAAUACUAAUUCAUAAUAAUAAUAAUAUUCUGCUUUUAUAUAGCGCUUAAUUGAUACAUCAAUGCAUGUCUCUAUAAGCACUUUACAGAUAUCAUCUUGCCCAUACCCGAUGUAUACACAUUCUCCACUCCUUGAGCAUUCAAACCAGGCGUCAUUUUACAGACGCUCACAAUUGUAUCCAAAUAAAUGUCUGGUAAUGUGAUUGAUACUGCAUUGCUUGAAUUUUUCUUAGAAAAAAAAAUUCUUCUGUUUUGUUGUGCAUAAAGUGACUAUCAUCAGUUAACUGAACAAUUAGCAUUUCCAAGGUACCGGUAUAGAUUAUUGUGGAUUAUUAUCCAUGAUGGAAGAUUGGAAGUCAAUAUAACAAUUGAUGUGGGGGUAUAUAUUAUCAGAAAAUAAAAAAUGAAGACUGUUGUUAUUUUUGCUUAUUUAUUUUUAUUCAUAUUUGUAUUUGUUUAUUUAAUUAUUGAUUUAUUUAUUUUCUUAUUUAUUAAUUUAUUUAUACUUAUACAUUUGUCUUGCCCCAUUUAAACUUAACUUUAACUAUAAAACAGUGGUAUAUGUCUGAAAAAUGA